CAGGCACCGUGACGGUCGGGUUCGGGGCCCUGGCCCGUGGCGGCUGCUCUUUGAGAGCCGAAGCCGGACAGCUCCUCAGGCCACCGUCGGGAGGAGGGUCUUGGAGUCAUGGAUCCUCUUUGUCCCGCCCAAGUCCCUUGAGGGGCACAGGGAAACUGAGGCCCGGAGAUAGGGAACGAUUUGCCCGGGUCAAUGGAGAUCUGGGCCUCUUCCCGGCGACCCUAGCACCUCGUCCCUCCGAGCUUCCGACCUUGCCAGGCUUCUCAGUAGCGAAAAUCACGAAUACCCUUCCAGUUCCGAGCGGAGAAAGCAAGACCCUCGCCCUCCCUCCGCCGGCAUUGCCAGCUCUGGUUGCGCUUGGGGACGCUUGGAGAGCCAUCCUAGCGUGCCAAGUAGGACUGGGAUCGCGUAAGACUAUUUGUGAUUCCCUUGGAAUCGUACUUUGGGCAUAUUCGAGCCUGAUGUUCCUGCUCAGUCAGCACCUCUUCUGCGGAUACUUUCCCAAAGCAAGUGAAAAUUGUGGAAGUUGGUGCCCGAGACGGACUACAAAAUGAAAAGAAUAUUGUGCCUACUCCUACAAAAAUCAAGCUGAUAGACAUGCUUUCUGAAGCAGGACUCCCUGUUAUAGAAGCCACCAGCUUUGUGUCCCCCAAGUGGGUUCCCCAGAUGGCUGACAAUGCUGAAGUCUUGAAGGGCAUCCAGAAAUUUCCUGGCAUCAACUACCCAGUCCUGACCCCGAAUAUCAAAGGCUUCCAGGCAGCGGUUGCUGCUGGAGCCAAGGAAGUGAGCAUCUUUGGAGCUGCCUCGGAGCAGUUCACUAAGAAGAACACCAACUGCUCCAUUGAUGAGAGUUUACAGCGCUCUGAUGAAAUCUUGAGGGCGGCUCGGGCCGCUGGUAUCCCUGUGCGCGGGUAUGUCUCCUGUGUGCUUGGAUGCCCCUAUGAAGGGAAGAUCUCCCCGGCUAAAGUAGCUGAGAUCACCAAGAAGAUGUACUCCAUGGGCUGCUACGAGAUCUCCCUGGGGGACACCAUCGGCGUGGGCACCCCUGGGAUCAUGAAGGACAUGCUGUCCGCUGUCAUGUAUGAGGUGCCCGUGGCUGCCCUGGCCGUCCACUGCCAUGACACCUAUGGCCAGGCCCUGGCCAACACCCUGAUGGCCCUGCAGAUGGGAGUGAGUGUUGUGGAUGCCUCUGUGGCCGGACUUGGAGGCUGUCCUUAUGCACAGGGGGCAUCAGGAAACUUGGCCACUGAGGACCUUGUCUACAUGCUGUCUGGCUUGGGCAUUCACACGGGUGUGAACCUCCAGAAGCUCCUGGAAGCUGGGGCCUUUAUCUGCCAAGCCUUGAACAGAAAAACCUGCUCCAAAGUGGCUCAGGCUACCUGUAAACUCUGAGCCAUUUUGCUGCCUCAAGCGCUGGGGACAAUGUGGGAAAGAGGGGCACACGUGAAUGAUUCCGGACAGGGCACAUGGAAAUGGGAAUGAAAUUCACAGGAGCAGGCACCUCCCGGGGGGUCUGCACAUAGGGCUCCGGCAGGAGGGCAGGAGCUGCUUGGCCUCAGGCCUCCUUGCCAGACCCAGGUGUGAGUGAGAAGCCUUAGGGGCUGUAGGUCUCCCUGCCCCAUGAACCCCCCCCAACCCCAGGAGCUGAAUGCCUGGGGGUCCCCUGGAACCCAUUCCCUGGUGCUCCGGCCUCAUCUCUGGGUGAAAUCUGUCAGCUAGCUACACUACACAGCUUGACCCUGCCAUGGCCCUGGGGCCAUCGCUGACUCUGUAGAGCAAAGGGGCGUGGAGUUUUUCCCCAAGCCGGCAGAGGGGGCCAGGGCUGAGCUUCUCUGGUGGCCACUGCCAACUCUGGCAUCUCUGGAAAAUCUCCACUCUGAGCAUGAUUUUCGAAAAGCGCUUAUGUAAUUAAAGGUUUAAUGACACGAA